GCAGUUGGGGUACAGGGGAGUUUGUGUUGGGGUAGCGGGUGAGAUAGUGCAGUGAGGAGGAAAAGACGAUAAGAACAAUCAGUGCUGUUAAUUCUCUCCGUGAGGCAACAUGCUCAACACAGGCAGGAUGAUGAUGUGGUUGGUGGUGGUGGCGACGGUGCUGGCCGCCUCUACCGCAGAAGGCGACGACGGAGAGCCAUCUCGCCAGUUAAAUUACACUCGUGCUGGGCCGGUGGUGGUAGAGACGUUGCAAGGAGCGGUGGAAGGGAUCCAGGAGAUAUCCACUAAGGGCAGGCGCUUCUACGCCUACUAUUCCAUCCCAUUUGCUAAGCCUCCAGUCAAGGAACUCCGCUUCAAGGACCCAGUCAAGGCACCUCCCUGGGAGGGGGUUCUUGAAGGGGGGUCCUCCUACCCCCCUCCCUGCCUCCAGGUGCCAUUCUCCACCAUCGCUACAGGAGUGAUUUCACUAAUUGGGCAAGAGGACUGUCUCUACCUCAAUGUGUUCACUAGUAAGCCAAGGCAGACGGAGGCCGAGUUGCCAGUGCUGGUGUUCAUCCACGGAGGAGCUUACUUCGCCGGCAGCGCCAGCAAGUACCCGCCGCACGCGCUCCUCAAUGAAGACAUUGUUCUCGUCACUCUUCAGUACCGGCUGGGCGUCUUAGGCUUCCUUUCCACCGAAGACGAGGUCAUGCCCGGGAACCUGGCCCUCAAGGACCAGGUAAUGGCCCUCCAAUGGGUCAAGGCCAACAUCCGGCAGUUCGGCGGUGACCCGAAGAAGGUCACCAUCUUCGGAGAGAGCGCCGGCGCCGCCUUCGUACACUUCCACAUUCUCUCACCCAAAUCUGACGGAUUGUUCUCCCGAGCGAUCCUACAGUCUGGCUCGGCCUUGUGCCCUUGGUCGCUCGGAGCCUCUCACAGAGAAGUGGCCUUUCACACCGCUGACACGGUAGGAUGCGCAGACACACGGGAUUCCUACGAACUCCUGCGGUGUCUGCAGGAGGCGAGGGCGGAGCAGCUGGUCCUCACUCUCCUCGAUCACUUUGCAUGGCAGUUUUUACCGUUGCUGUUGGGACCCCGGGUUGAUGGAGACGUCAUACCCAUGGAGCCUGAGGUGCUGGCGAGGUUAGGCUACCACAAGCACAUUGACAUCAUAUCGGGGAUCACGGCCCACGACGGAGGUCUUCUUGCUGUCACAAUGUACGCCAGAGAGGACCUCCGGAAGGCAUUGCAAGAGAGGUUCCACGAGCUGGGGCCUGUGGCGUUGUCGUUUGACACGGCAGACGACACCCCUCUCCUGCUUGCUCGCCAGGUCUUCAACCACUACCUCGGGGGAGUUCACCUGGACGAGGCUCAUGCUGAACAAGUCGUCAAGAUGUUCACAGACCGAACAUUUGCAGUCUGCCACGACCUGACCUCCAUCCUGCACUCUCGUUCCUCUGCUGGUCCACUACCACACCACCACAGCAAGGCCCCCCACCGCAAGGACCACCACAUUAAGGACCACCACCGCCGCACCUAUACCUACGAGCUCCACUACAGAGGAGAGCACUCCAUCACCGACAUCUUCAACAUUACCAUCGGCAGACACUGGGUGACCCAUGCAGACGACCUUUUCUACUUUUUCACGGGAGGAGAAGCCUGGCUGCCCCUCACCCGCCCACAAGACCUGGCCUUCAGGGACCUCCUCAUAAGGCUCUGGGUCAACUUUGCUACCACUGGGAAUCCAACGCCGGAUUUUUCGCUUGGGUUCACCUGGGAACCUACCACAGAGGCCCACCUACAGCACCUGGUCCUCCAGCCCUCACCUGUCAUGCACAACGACACUAGGCGUCAGGAGAGAGAGUUCCUGACGUCCCUCCCCACCUACCAGUACGGCCUCCUGGAAAAGGAGAUGGAAGAGGAAACUGCAGAAGAAAACUGGUGGAAAUUGGAUGAUGAUGAGGAGGAGGAGGAGGUGGAGGAAAAUGAGUGGUGGUACUUGGAUUAUGAUAAUGAUGAGGAGGAAAUAGAAGAGGAAUGGUGGAAAUUGAAUAGGGAGGAGGAGGAGGAGGAGGAGGAGGAUGAACGAGCAGCAAACACAACAACAAACACUGAGUCGAACACAAUCUACACCAGGGACGAGUUGUGAGCUCUGAGUGUUGGGUAGGCUAUACACAUGAUGGGUAGGCCAUACACAUGAUGGGUAGGCCAUACACAUGAUGGGUAGGCCAUACACAUGAUGGGUAGGCCAUACACAUGAUGGGUAGGCCAUACACAUGAUGGGUAGGCCAUACACAUGAUGGGUAGGCCAUACACAUGAUGGGUAGGCCAUACACGUGAUGGGUAGGCCAUACACAUGAUGGGUAGGCCAUACACAUGAUGGGUAGGCCAUACACAUGAUGGGUAGGCUAUACACAUGAUGGGUAGGCUAUACACGUGAUGGGUAGGCUAUACACAUGAUGGGUAGGCCAUACACAAUGAUGGGUAGGACCUACACAUGAUGGGUAGGACCUACACAUCAUGUUAGGGUUAAGACUUGUUACAUGAUGAUUUGGCGAAACAUAAAUUUCAUAAGACAGAAGAUUGACGACUUUGAUUAUAUUAUUAUAUCAAUAUACUUUAUAAAUGCAUAA